AUGAAUCUUAUUUCAGUUAGUAAUUAUUACACCGAAUACAAUUGUUACAUGUUAUACCGAUAACAGUAAAGUUUAUAAUUUGUUGAUACGAGUACUAACAAAACUAACUUUUGUGGUACGAUGAAGAACGAAAAAAGGAAUGUUGGAUGGAUUGUGAUGGUGGUUACUUUUUUCUUGAUAGGAUUACUAGGAAUAGGUACGAUAGCCAACAGUGUAAUGCCAUCGGCAAAUGCUGCUGUCCUUCGUUAUCAUGGAUUGCAGCAACCACGUAAGAACGUAGAAAAAAUCGAAACUACUGCCUCUCAAACGGAUUUAAGGAGAAAUAAAAGAGAACCUCAGUACUACGGACAAAACAAUCCAUACGGAUAUCAACAAACUAGUAAUUUUGGUGGUGGUGCUUUGAGUUCGGCUGGUAGAGUGGCUCUAACUCAUGCGGGCUCGCAAAUCGUUUCAGCGGCAGGAAAUGAGGUAAUAGAUAGAAAUGGACUACUUGAUACAAGAACAUCCGACAACAAUUAUGGAGGAUUUUUAGCUGGUGGAGCGGCUGGCGGAGUUGCAAUAGGGGCUGCAGUUGGAAGCGUUGUUCCAGGUUUAGGAACAGCACUCGGAGCAGCAGGUGGUGCUAUUCUGGGAUCUGGUGUGGCAUAUCUUGGUGCUAAAAUCAUGAAUUAACGUUUUUUUUUUUAUAAUACUUAUUUAGAUUUCUCAAUAUAUUACUUUUGUUUAAGGCAUACCACAUUUCUGUGAUUAAAUAACCUAAAACAUUUA